AUGAAACCAGCAUUUUCCAUUUUAACCGUUUUCACACUUCUCCUAUUACCAACGGCCGUCCCUCACGAUUACUCCGAUGCUCUGAGAAAAUCAAUCCUCUUCUUUGAGGGUCAACGCUCCGGUCGUCUUCCUAAACAACAAAGGGUGAGUUGGCGUGGUAACUCUGCACUCAACGACGGCCAAAACCUCAACGCCGACCUCGUUGGUGGUUACUACGACGCAGGAGACAACAUUAAGUUUCAUUUUCCAAUGGCUUUUACGACCACAAUGCUUGCUUGGAGCUCCAUCGACUUCCGAAGUUACAUGUCUCCGAAUGAUGUGGGACACAGUCUCAUGGCUCUUAAGUGGGGCAGUGAUUAUCUCCUUAAGACUGUCUCACAACUCCCUAAUCGCAUUUUCGUCCAAGUAGGUGAAGCAAAAGCUGACCAUAACUGUUGGGAAAGGCCUGAAGAUAUGGAUACGCCACGAACUGCUUACGCCUUAGAUGCGCCGGGUCCAGCCUCCGACUUAGCGGGUGAAAUCGCUGCAGCUCUGGCAGCUGCUUCAAUCGCAUUCAAGCAAUCAAGACCUCAAUAUUCUGAAGUGUUGCUGGAUAACGCCAUUAAAACGUUUCAGUACGCAGAUUCACAUCGAGGUUGUUACACUGAUAAUCCAAAUGUAAACAAAGCCGUUUGCCCUUUCUACUGCAGUGUUAAUGGAUAUAAGGAUGAGUUGCUUUGGGGAGCUGCAUGGCUGAGAAGAGCAACUGGUAAUGAUUAUUACCUAGAGUACUUGGUGAACAAUCGUCAAGCUUUCAGUCAAGAGUUCAAUUAUUUGGAGUUUGGUUGGGACAAUAAAUAUGGGGGAGCUAAUGUUCUCAUUGCCAAGGAAAUAUUUGAAAAGAAUGUGACUGCGUUAACAGCAUAUAAAUAUGCGGCAGAGGAAAUGAUGUGUGCUUUUUUCCCGGAAACCUCUGGUCUACACAUGAGUUACACACCCGGCGGUCUUCUUUACAAACCGGGUAGUAGCCAGCUCCAGAACAUGGCCGCUUUGUCUUUCCUCCUCCUUACUUAUGCGGAUUACCUCUCUAAAUCCUCUCAACAACUCAAUUGCGGUCACCACCAGUUUCCACCGGAUUCUCUUCGUCGCAUAGUCAAACGACAGGUGGACUAUGUUUUGGGAGAUAAUCCAAUGAAACUGUCAUACAUGGUUGGGUACGGUGAUCAGUACCCGCGACAGAUCCACCACCGUGGCGCGUCUAUACCGUCUGUUAAGGUUCAUAGGAAUGCGUUCGGGUGCGUACAAGGAUGGAAUAUUUUCGCAUCACCCAAUCUAGACCCUAACAUUCUAGUUGGAGCGGUGAUUGGAGGGCCCACCAUAGAUGAUACAUUCAUUGGAAAACGGACAAAUGCUAGCGACACGGAGCCUACGACAUACAUCAAUGCACCUUUAGUCGGUGUCUUUGCGUACUUUAAAAGCAAUCCCAACUUCUCUUGA